AUGGGCCUCUCCGAACAUCUUCAAGUGAACAAGUACUGGCUAUGGUUUGAGAAAUGUGUGGGAGCAAUUGAUGGUACACAAUUCACUUAUGUCCAUGCUGGGUGGGAGGGCAGCGCCAAUGACUCAAGGGUGCUCGAAGAAGCGAUCAGUGACCGAAAGCAUGGAUUCCCAUGGCCACCAACAGGGGAUGACACACAGUCUGAAGAAGGUGAGUCCAAUAGCGAGGGAAAUGACAAUGGAAAUACUGGAGCAUUAACUAGCUCAGCAACCCAAAGGCAUGUAAUGGAAAUGUUGGAUGAAGCGAAAAAACGCAUGGUCCAAUUUAGGGGUGAUAUCACUGACACAAUGUGGGCUGACUAUGUUGCCCAUGGCCAUUGA